CGCCCCGUGCGCGCCAAUCGCGGGGCGGGGUGGUGCCGGAGCCGCUGCGGCGCCGUCCCAAGAUGGCGGAGUACGUGCAGGUGAUGAAGCGGGCCUUGAAGCACCUCGGCGGCCACGGCGGCGUCCGCGGCGCCAUCUUGCAGCUGCUCAGGGUCAACGAAUUGAAGACUGGUACACUGGUAGGAGUUGACAAAUACGGAAACAAGUACUAUGAAGACAAAAGAAACUUCUUUGGUCGACACAGAUGGGUCAUAUAUACUAGUGAAAUGAAUGGCAAAAAUACAUUUUGGGAAGUUGAUGGAAGUAUGGUGCCCCCUGAAUGGCAUCGCUGGCUUCACUCCAUGACGGAUGACCCUCCAACUACUCAUCCUCCAGUUGCUCGUAAAUUUAUCUGGGAGAACCAUAAGUUCAACCAGAGUGGUACUCCUGGGCAGUACGUCCCUUACUCUACUACACGCAAGAAGAUACAGGAGUGGGUCCCACCUACAACAGCUAGCAAAUAACAGGCAAAACAACAGCAAAAAGUGAUUUGCCUCCACUUUGGCCUUCAGUGCAAACUGUAUUUUCACUAAUUUUAUUUAAAGUAAAAGCUUCCUCUGA